AUGUCGCUGGCGAGAUCUCUGCUGCUGCUGCUGCUGUCGCUGCCCGACCCCGUGUUUGACGACACGUACGAGUACAAGGGCCGCUCCAAGGUUGGCUUUGUCACCUACGCGGAGCUGCUGAAUGCGCGCAUGGCGAUGAUGGGCUUCACGAUUCUGUUCCUGCAGGAGCUGCUCUUCGGGAAGGGGGUGCUGCAGAUGUACGGGCUGCCCUACGACUCGGGCGCCUUCCUGGGGUAGGCGGCGGGUGCGCGGUGUUUCAUGGUGCGGCUGGAUGCCGAUCUGUUGUUGUGUCGCGGUCGUGGCGGUGUGAGGGCUUGGUUGCCGUGUGCACGCACGCGUGUGUGCGGCGUCCCGACUCGUCGCCGCGUGCACGACGAAGUGCGUGCGCCGGGGGUCACCACCUCGUCCGCGAGGAGUGUCUCCCACAGCCGGCGGGCGUGAACGAUGUCAUGAUGUCUUUCAGACUCGGCUCUUUGCGCGAAAACGGGCCGUGCGGUACGGUGUUGUGGCUCUUGUGCCCUGUUCCUUCCGGCCUUCGUCCGCACAUGAUCGUUUCGUGCGAUAAAC